AUGUUUGCAGAAGAGGUCCCUCCGCCCAUCACCACCCGGACGGCCGUCCUCCUCCUGGUCGUCUACACCAUCAUCUAUGUCGCGCCCUUCUACCUCUCCAGCCUCACCCGGCCCUCGCCCUCGCUCUCGCGCGAUGCGCCCUCCGUCAUUCGAGCGCGCAUCGCCUCCGUCAGCGUGAGCUGCGCCAUCUGCUCUGUCGUCACAUUCCUUCUCCUCACGACCAACGGCAAGCCCGGCGACGGCACGCGCCUUCUCAACUUUGAUGCCCUCCAUCUCAUGGGCGUUUUCCCCGUCGGCCUCGUCGAGACAUGGAAUGCUCUUCUGCUGACGGCGGGCCUCUUCGUGGGCCCCCUCUUUGAGUACUUUGUUGUCGAGCGCGGCUGGCGUGCGUGGGCGGGCCGCGCCAGCGCUGACGGGUCUACGGCCCCCCGUCUGUUUGGUCCCCUCUACUUUCUGGGCGAGUGGACCGACUGGCGCAACCUCGUCGCCGGUCCAGUCACUGAAGAGGUCCUGUUCCGCGCCGCCGGUGUGCCGCCGUUGCUCCUCGCGCACACGCCCGUGGGCCGUACUGUGCUGCUGUCGCCCAUUGUGUUUGGCCUCGCGCACCUGCACCACGCCUACGAGUUUUCGGUGACGCACCCGGGCGUGCCCAAAGCGCAGGUCGUGCUGCGGUCGCUUGUCCAGUUUGCGUAUACAACGCUGUUUGGCAGCUACGCGACAUUCCUGUACUUGCGCACAGGCAGCCUGCUAGCCGUGUGCGUCGUGCACAGCUUCUGCAACAGCAUGGGCCUGCCCCGGUUCUGGGGCCGCGUGCAGCGCAACCCGGAGAGCGGCGGCAAUGUGGCGUCGUCGUCGGCACAGCCGCCUCAGUCCCAUGGCAGCCUUCUCUGGACCAUUGCGUACUACAUCCUGCUCGUGACGGGCGCCAUCUACUGGUACCAGCAUCUCUGGUCGCAAACGGAGAGUCCGUUGGCCUUGGUGUCUUUCCACUAA